AUGGUCAACAAGAUUAUCGCUCUCCUCUUUGUCCUCUCCAUGAUCGUCGCUGCCUCUGCCAGCCCUGCUCUUGACAAGCGUAGCUCAUGCCAACUUGGUGGUCUCUGGAGCGGUGGUGGUGACGCCUUGUGCAGCGCUCACUGUAUCAAGCAAGGCAACAAGCAUGGUGGCCACUGCAACAAGAAGAAGGUCUGCGUCUGCAACUAA